AGCAACUUCAAACUUUCAAACUUCAAAAGUUGUGCUGAAAAGAUUUAAAACCAGUUUAAAACAUAUGAAUUUGAUUUUAAUUAAUAAUUUGAAUUAAAUAAGCUGUGUUCAUUUCAUUGUUAUUCGUUGUGAACUUGUAAGUGUAAGGCUGCUUGCAGUGAUUUAGGUGUUUAAUUUUUUUAACUCGGUUUAGUUUUAGCUUUAACCUAAUUAAUUUAAUAAAAUCUUAUCAUAAAGCGAAAUGAAGCCCAUCUUGUACCAUUUAUCUCUAAGUGGACCUUCUAGAGGAGCAUAUUUAGCGGCUAAAGCAGCGGGUGUUGAGGUAGAUAUACAGAUUAUAGAUAUAUCGAAAAGAGAACAAUUCACAGAAGACUUUUUAAAGAUCAACCCUCAACAUACUGUACCUACUUUGGUUGAUGGAGAUUUUAGUGUGUGGGACAGUCAUGCUAUUGCAGGAUAUCUAGCAACAGUGUACUCAAAGGAUGAUAAUUUAUAUCCCAAAGAUCCAAAAAAGAGAGCUCUUGUAGAUCAGAGAUUAUUUUUUGAUUGUGGAACAUUAUAUCCAAGAAUCCGAGCUAUAUGUUAUCCAAUUUUACGUGAAGGUGCAGACCAAAUUUAUGAUGAACAUAAAGGUCCUUUAGAAGAAGCUUUAGGAUUUUUGGAUGUGUUUCUCGAGGGCAACGACUUUGUAACAGGGAAACAUCUAACAAUUGCUGAUUGUUCCCUAGUAUCUUCAGUAUCCAGUAUAGUGAUGGAUUUAACUAAAAUUAACUCAGCGUCUGUCGUUGCAGCGAGAAAACCUGUGAGAAAACUGAAAGACUUGCCGAUAAACAUCCCACAACUAAUCAAGGAGGCAAGAAUUGUAAAGACUAAAUUUGGACAAUCCGUCCUACUCGACAUAGGCGAAGAGGUGGUUUUUCUACCAGAACAAGUGACCGAAGCAUACCUUUCAGCAGUGCCAGAGUUUGGUUCCGAAUUGAUAGAAAAUAAUGCAAAGUCAUUUUUCACAGUAUAUCCAUCAAGAUUAACUAAAACAGUAGUUGCCAAACAUGUAAAUAUUCUUUUAAUUCAAAAUCAGUAUUUUCCUAAAUUAAACGAUUAUGAAGCACCUCCAGUAGAUAAUGAUAAUUCUGAAAUUAAGUACCACUACUGCCACAUUACGAACUUAUCUAAAUUAAUUUCUAACCAAGCAGUAGGAUGGGACGUUAGUGCUUACUCUAACGUUGCCAAUUGGUUAGCAAGAUGUGCCUUGGCUAUUCCAGAUUAUGAAGAAGCAAAUCAAAAAGGGGCAGAUUUAUUUGGUAAGUUAAUCAGAAGUAAAUUGGCCCCUGGACAACUGUAAACAUUGCGGUAUUCUAUAUUUUAGAUAAUUAUUUAAAAUUAUACUUUGUUAAAAAACAAAAAUCAAAAAUAGAUAUAUUUUAUAAUACUUAACUGAAUCUUAUAACAGUUUACACAUUUUUAUGUAUAUAUGUAAUUAUUGUAGCCAAUUAAUAGUAUAAACAUUCGUUGGUUUUAAGGACAUCAAUAUUUAAUGUAAUAGUGUAUGAUUUGGAUAUCG